UCCAACGUUGAACUGUGGCUUAAGGAACGCAGCAAAAUUUGAGUUGGGGGCGUUUUUGCAAGACCCGGGACCUGAGUGAAUUUAAACUUUGGCCAAGAUCCAAAGAUUCAGACCGUUGGAGCUCCCUAAUCGCCAAAGCGUCGUCACAUAGCCGUCACCAUGUUUUUCCGUUGGUACAGCGCCAAACUUGCCGCUCGCCCGCUGCUGACCCAGAGCGUCACCACUGCUGUUCUCUUCGCCACCGGCGACGUCACGGCCCAGCAGCUCGUUCAGAAGCGAGGUCUUGAGAAGCAUGACAUGAUCCGAACUGGCCGCAUGGCCCUUUAUGGUGGAUUUGUCUUUGGCCCUGCUGCCACGACUUGGUUUGGAGUCCUUGCUCGCAACGUCAACGUCAGAAACAAGCGACUUGAGACACUCGCCCGCGUCGCCUGCGACCAGCUUCUCUUCGCCCCUGUCAUGAUUGGUGUCUUCCUCAGCAGCAUGGCCACCAUGGAGGGUGCCAGCGUCAAGGAACGCCUGGACAAGACCUACUGGCCAGCUCUGAGCACCAACUGGAUGGUUUGGCCUUUUGUCCAGAUGAUCAACUUCACAUUCCUCCCUCUGCAACACCGUGUUCUCUUCGCCAAUGUGGUUUCCAUUGGCUGGAACUCGUACCUGAGCUGGGUGAACAGUCAGUAGAGUGACGGGGGACUACCCAAGAAAUCUUCUUGCGGCAUUAACAUAGAGGUGUGUUUUGGUUCGCAUUUAGCAUAUUGCUUCAAAAGACGCAUUGCGCCGAGGAUAGAGAGAGAUACAGGGAAUUAGAGAGAGGCAAGCCUUUGGGGAAACCGUUCGUGU